CGUACGAAUAAUCGGUGGUUUGGCGAUUCCACUAUGCACGUGUUCCUUUCGUUUUCCACUUCGCGUUCGGUGAUCGCGAUCGCGAUCAUGCUUCGCUGAGCAAACCGCGUUUUGGGGGGUUUGAUUUUCCCGCCCCGUGGUGGGGGUUGUAAAGCAAAACCCAGGCCCAGAAAACGGAUUCGCUAGUGUUCGUUUGGUUCGUCUUCAUUCCAGAGUGUUCGGUUGUUUGUGGCUAAAUAGAUGAUCUUGGUUUGAUAGUGUGACAUUCUUAAUCAGCCAUAUUAGGUGAAUUUAAUCUUAUCGAUCGAACGGCGUUUCGUUCAUCGCGAUCUUGUUUGACGGACAUGAAGGAACAAAGUGCAAACAGUUAUUCUUGUCCCAGCGCCUCAGUGGUUUCGUGUGAUUGCAGCUGCGGGUACGUGAUCGAAAGUGAAGGCUUGAAGAUAAUUACCUCCGUACGAACAAAUAAAUCUAGAUGACACUGUGCGCAAACGAUACGAAAAUCCUGCUAAAGCCCAAAACUGUUCCAGCAUGAGAAAACGGUGCAACAGUGCGAAGCUGCCCCCAGUAGAGUUCCAUUGAUUUAUAAAUCCAUAAAUUAAAAGUGAAACUUUUUCCGAGCCCAACCCAAAAGCCACCUGUUGUGCGUGUGCACAAGUGCGUGUAUGUGUGUGUGUGUCGUGGUGUAUUUGAUCCAAUUGUGCCGCCAUAUGCAUUGAUCCGAUCAGCGCGCCUCUUGUUCAUUGACUGCACAUCCCCGAACGAUCGUUUGAUCGAACGAACAUUGUUGUUUGUUUCCUUUCGUCAGUGAGUAGUUUCGAACGAAUUUUCUCACUAUAGUGAAUCGAACAAAGUGUGAGUGUACUAAAAAGUAAUUCUUCAACAAAUCCAACUACGUACGUUUAAAAGAACGUGUGACAGGUGUAUUUAAUGAUAGAGAGGAGAUAAAAAAACACACACAGUGUCUCAGUUGUAACCUUCCUUCGCUACAAAACGUGACCAAUCGGUUUACAACCCACGGUACGCGUCAUCGAUAAACUGUUCUGCAAGCGAAGGAUAACCUCUGGCGUGUACGCGCUUAUAGUUGUGAUUUUCAUUGCUGUGGUCUUGACAAUUGGUGCUUUUUCCGGCGUCCUUCGCAGCAGCAACCCUCGCCAUUCACGAUCGCAGAAUGGCCUUCUUCAAGAGCAUUUGGAAAAAUAGCUCCAAGCACAAGAAAUUGUGUGAAGAGCUCGCUCUGGCGAACAGUAUUCGCGAUUUUUCCGAAAAUCACGAUGAACUGGAGGACGGUUCGAACGAAGCCAUCAGUUACAGUGUCAAAUACUUGGGUAAUACUCCUGUGCCGACUCCACGGUCCGAGAAUGCCACGGCGGAAGCGGUAAAAAGUAUCAUAACAGCAGCCAAAGGCAAUAAGAAAUUGCAACGUGUUUCCCUUUCAAUCUCACCUAAGGGCAUCGAGAUGAUUGACACCGGUACCGGUGAAACGCUGCUGCAGGUUUCGAUCUAUCAAAUCUCGUACUGUUCGGCCGAUGCCAAUCAUGAUCACGUGUUCGCGUUCGUUGGCUGCACGCUUGGUUCGGAAGCCGAAGUGAAGGAGAUGUGCUUCCGGCGUACGGCGGAAGAGAUUAAUCUCGAGGGACCGCUCGUGUGCCAUGCCUUCCUGUGCCAGAAGCGAAAAAUGGCCCAAACCGUCACGCUUACGGUGGCGCGCAGCUUCGAACGAGCGUUCCAGAUCUGGCAAAACAAGCAGUUUCAUGCAGAACGCAAGCGCAAGGAUCUGGAAGCGCGCAUGGAGCGAGAGUUGAGCGGUAGCCAGGAAUUAGCGCGUAAAAAUGCAUCCAACGUGGCUGGCAACGAGCAGCGAGAUGAAGCUGAAUGUCGCAGUUUGCUGAUCGACUUUAAUUCCGAUUUGACGGGAAUAUGUUCCGAUACGCAACAUCAUCGGGAACUUCUGCAGAACACUUGGGUAUCAUUUGAAGAUGAUCAAAAGCCACAAGAGUUUCUCGCGGUGCCAACAUUAACGUCCACCUCCGGCUGGAGUGGGAUGGCCAUCUGUUCGAACUAGAGCACGCUACACUACACCGAGCAGCAACAGAAUAGAAUUAGAAUCUUCACGCUAAGCUUCAUGUUGCGUUAGGAACGAACGAGCGGUUUAAAUGCUUUCGAUUUUAAGCUACUUUCCAUUUAAAACCAUGUUCCGGUUAGACGCGUUUGUUAUAAGCUAUCAUUUAAAAUGGGGUUCAUUAAAAUUUCGCAAGUGAUUUUUAUACGAUUGAGCAAUGCAAAACAUUGUUUUAAACACUCUUUUCCCAGAUCGCAUUCGCAUGCAAUAGUUUGUGAUAGAAAGUUUUUUUUUCAUAUUUUUUAAUAAACAGUUCAAAACAUAUCAGAA